AUGGCUCCCAGUGUUUCCCCAGGACGUACUGGCUCCCCCGUGCUCCAAAAGGCCCGUACUCGCUCCCCGUGUUCACAAGGCACAGAUGGGUCUGGUUCCCCCAAAGGGCCAGUAUGGCUCCCAGUGUUAAAAAGGAGUGGGUACUUCGCGCUGUUGGGGACAGACUCCCGCUUUGAACGGCGACUGAACGAACGAGCCAGGACUGUAGACUGCGAGGAAGACUUCCUGGGGGCGGCCAACAGUGACAUAGCACAGCUGUGUGCUGAGAACAUAAUGUUGUGGCAGCAUUUCCUCACUGUUGUGAGCUGUGAGCCUGUUCGUCAGCACCGGGCACCGCACCACAUCCAGAGGGUCAAAAGGUUCGCGGAGGCGUUCUUUGUCAUUGACAACCCCCGACCGUCAGCCAGCGGCUGCUAUGACAGUAACUACCAGAAUUAUGUGGCUGUGUCGGAGGCAGUCCGUCGCUCCCGCUACUUGAACCUCAUGCCACCGCUGGCCGUAGAGUGCACCGAGAUGGAUGGUGAUGUGUCAACCUUGCCGGUGAUCUUUGAAGACCAGUACCAGCAUGUGGCCGAGUUCGCCCGGCGACGCUCCAUCGUCAGCAGGAAGUCUGAAAAUUAUUUGAGUGCCACAGACAUCCAGCUGGCAAUGGACCAGCUGGACGGUGACAGCAGCAAGCGGGAGGUUAUCCCACCAGACGUGACGCGGCCGGAACCACAGAUCCGCAAUGGCUUAAAGGCGCCGUCAGCUGAGACGCAUCUUCUGGUCCUGACACAGCUGGAUGGCAAGGCCACCAUCAACCAUGACUCUAAGUCACUGACGAGUCAUGACAAUAAGUCACUGGCCAGCACCGUCUUCGAUUCCAUGGCGGCUAGCACCAGCGGAUACGAGUCAAGGGGGACGAGCAACAAUGAGGCCAAGACGGCCAAGUUGGCUGCCAAGAAGUCUCCAGUUCAGGCUGUCAAAGCCACUGUUCAGAGCUACAGUGACAAGGACACACCAAAGGACCCCAAGGCGACUUUUAAGACGCGUGCCAAAGCCGGAGAAGGACGGUCGCGUAGCAGUGACUCCCGUGUGUCCUCCGUGCACAGCGGAGGCAGUGGCAGCAGCAAGCAUACGCUCGGCAGUGGAUCAGAAAGCGAUGAAAAAACUCUGGCAUCAAAGGCCUCCAAAGGCUCCAAGGCCUCUGAAGCUUCGGCAAAGGAGGAAUCGGACACGGAAGACAAGCCGCCACUGCCGCCGCGGACAGAUAAGAUGCCCAAGGACUUCAAGCCACCCAUUCCACCGAAGACACACAAACUUCCGAUGCCCCGUAACAGCCUCAAAGAAAAGCUUAAAAACAAUCUGAAAUUAGAACUUAGACUUCCAGCCAAUCAGGGCUCAGCUUACAAAAGAGCUAAGUUUAAGCUUAAGCUGAUCCAGCGAGCCCAACAGCUGAGAUCAAAUGGGCUUGGCACUCACAAGAGUAAGAGAGCGCAGGCAAAUGCCAUUGCGGAGAAUGUCGUUCUUUUGAAAUACAGGCAGCUAGAACCUUCACUCAGUAUGCCAUACAACUUGGGGGCACACACGCCAGGGAGCGGAAGUGCUGGUGGAGGGGACCAGUUGAUGCGCCACUCCCAGAGUACGCUAUCAAUGCCAUCAUUUCUGUGGGAGGUGGCCAGCGCUGCAUCGCCGGCCAUCACAGAGUCCAUGCCAGACCUCCUGGCCACUGACUCCGAGACCUCAUCAGAGAUCAAUGCCAAGGGGCCGGCAGCUGUACCAUCCCGGCCGGUGCGGCUAGACCGCACUCCACCAAUCCUAUCCAAUGUUGAAGUUGGCCUGGUGUCAGCGACUGAUUCGACCCUUCUUCAGAUUGGUGGUGAGAAGGUCGAGCCAGUGACGCUGGCCAAGAAGAUGCCAUCGCCAGUCAAGAAGAUCCCAGAUGGCACCAAGCCACUGAUCUUGCAGCAAGACUCAUCUUCAAACAGCGACAUUACAUCAGAACAGAGUGGAUGGGUCUCCAACUCCAGUCGCCAGAGUUCGGGCUCGUCCAGUGGCCAAAUAAGCCCCGAUCUGGACAUUAAGCAAUUCCCUAUUAAGGACAUGCUUACAGCGGCAACGGUACAAUUUAAAACUAAUGGCACCAGCAGCAAUGGUGCCAACUCUGACAAUAAGAAUAAUGGUGCCAAGGUUAGUGGUGCCAAGGGUAAUGGUGCAAAAUUGAGUCGAAGCAAAAAUGGUAUGAAAAUGAACGGGCCAAAGACACCGGUGGUUGAAGCACCGGUCAAGGCCAUACCUACAGCCAAGUACAAGAGUAAGCAAGGACAGAGGAGUCCGGCCGCUCAUCGGUCCAGCCGCUCGGAGACUCGCAGCCAGGGCCACAAGCUGACUGGCAAGGAUCCAACGCACCGUUCUGCUUCCAAUGAUCAACUCCAGAUGAAGUUGAAGAAGACUUCACACCGCAAGGAAGUCAAGAAGUCACAAUCAUUGCAGAAAGUCAAUAACAUCAACCGCACAGAUCCGCAUGUCUACGAGGAAGUUCCCCUUCCGCCACCACCGAAGGAAUUCCAGGAUCCACUUCCAGGGCUGAGGGAAGCCUUGCGCCGGGGCGGCUUUGCCACAACAGGGCGACUGCCCCGGGAGGAGCGGUCAAGUAGGCAUGCAGCAACAGGGCACAAGGACCGGCCCCGCAGUGAGAGCCCCAAGACGGAGACAGGACGUGUCCACCGUGACGACGGAUACAAGAGUGAGCGGAGUCACGGAAGCUCACGCACUGUCACGCCCAGACACAGUGGCGAGUUUGAGCUGGACGACAUCACAAAUGUGUAUGAAAGUGUGAGCGAAGUUCUUAAUGAUGUCAAGAGGACGACAAGGAAGUCUGGCCACAGUGGCGACAAGUUCAAUUCCCUUCCAUCAAUGAGGCGCCGGCACCAGUCGACCGGCCCUGGCCGGCCAGGGAAGAGGGGGCCAAGUCGCAAGACAGCCGGCACGCCUGACCGCCUCUCAGAACCAACACCAACAAAAGCCAACCAUGGCAUCAAUGGCGCUGAACGGAUACGCACGCAAUCGGCACCGCCGCCAAAUAUAGACAAAAGCGACUCGUUCAGAGACUACCACAGCUCGCGUGACAAGGACCCUCGGCCACAGCGGCGCUCUGACCCGCUCUCAACAAAGUCUGAGCCCCCACUGCAUUUAACUGACAGUAAGUGUACACUAUUGGAGCUCUUUUUAGAGCAGCAGGGCGCCAGCGUGUGGGCUCACAGGGAGGCACAGAGAGAGCUCCUUAAGGCGGCGCAGAGUGCUGCCAAGAAGGAGGCGCUCGGCAAUGGGUCGAGGUACCUGCAGGAGGCAGCCAGACGGGCCGAGGAGCUGGCAAAACUGGCCACCGAAGGCAAGGCCAAACCUGACGUCAUGGCUGAUGGAUUCGAUGACAGUUUGUCGGACAUCCCACCACCGCCUCGGCCACCCUCGCCAAGGUAG